UUAUUUCCAAGGAUUCUUUAUCACUGCGCAAAAUAGCAACUUGGGGAAGAAUAUCGCAACAUAGAAAAGGGAAAUUACCAGAUGAUCAGAUGACGAUUGCUGGCCAAUUCGUUCGUAUCUAGUUCAACGAUCGUGCUUCUGUUUCAACGUUUCUCGUCUCCGUCUUCUCAGACUGUCGCUUGGCAACCUGAGAAAGAAGAGAUGUAUCCAGUAAGAAAAGUUCCAUCGUUGGUUGAUCUUUGCGUUUACAAAGCUAUAGAUAAUCUGAGGUUUCUUGGGGAUGUUGGCGAAACUGAUUUACAUCUUCUAGAGCGGAUUUUGCCACAUUGCACUGUUGAUCAGUUGAUGCAUGUGGAGAAAAGUUCAGAAGGAAGAGAUCUGACUCCAGUUACAGAUAAAUUGUGGAAAAAAUUCUAUGAAAGACAAUUUGGUAGAGAAAAUACCAAUAUUGUAUCUGAGAGGAUGCAGAAGAAAAAAGUGGCAUUUAGAUGGAUUCAAUUGUAUGAGGCGAAAAUGAAGGACAUAGAAAAGAAUGAGAGCGAAGCUGCAGAUCGAAUAAAGCAAAGCUACCUAAAGGAAAAUGCUCGGAAACAAAGUCGUCAAAUACAGAUUUGCAGUAAGGUUCCCCCUGCAAGCAAUAAGAGAAGUUUUGGAGCAGCUGGAUAUGGCUCCAACGUGACAAAUACUAAGAACAAGCUGCUGAAGAAGUCAAAAAUAGAAGUGCUUCAGAGUCAAGAGAUGAAAAAUAUAAAAGCCUGGCGAAGAAAUGCAGUGCAGAAGACUUGUGAUAUUCCUUCCACAAAGAAGCCAAUGUUUUCUGGAAGGGAUUCCGCUUCAACUUCUAAGAGUACUACCACUCAUAUGGCCCGAAAGUGGUAGCACCUUCAUUAGCUUUGCUUUGUUUUUUUUACCAAUUGUAAGGAUCUGUUCUUUCACUCAGCUCCAAGGCUAUCUUAUCUUUAAUUUAGUUAUUUCACAUCUCCAGACACUUCUGAAAAGUCAUGCCCUGUGAAUAACUUUACAUUUCGUAGUUGUUUUCCAUUUUAAUGCAAUAUUGUUUAUUUUACACA